AUGACUUGGACUUGGUUUUUUGAGUGUUUGAAGAUGUCUUUGGAACUAAAAGAUGGACUAGGGGUGACUUUCAUCUCAGAUAUGCAAAAGGGAUUGGUUGAUGCUGUGAAGCAUACAUUGCCUAACUCACACCAUAGAUACUGUGUGAGACACAUUGAGGCCAAUUGGCAAAAGAAGUGGAGAAGUGGACAAAUGAAGAAGUUGAUGUGGUGGUGUGCUUGGAGCACUUAUGAAGAAGAUUUCAAAGACCAACUCAAAAAGUUGGGUGAAUUAUCCAAGGAAGAUAAUUAUUCUGCUGCCAAGGAUUUGUUACACUAUCCUCCGCAAUCUUGGUGUAGAGCAUAUUUAGACACUAAGUGUAAAAACAUGAUGGUUGACAAUAAUUUCACUGAGUCAUUUAAUUCAUGGAUUCUUGAAGCUAGAAGAAUUCCAAUCAUUAGGAUGCUGGAGGAAAUUAGGACAAAGGUUAUGAGGGCAAUUGCUCACUACUGCAAGGUUGAGUAUAAUGGUGACUAUGGCUACGAAAUAUCUGAAGGUGAAGAUAGGCAUAUUGUUGAUCUUUCACAGAAAAGAUGCACAUGUAGAGUUUGGAAAUUAUCUGGAAUCCCUUGCCCCCAUGCUAUCAAAGCUAUCCUGUAUGACAAGGGUGAACAUAUGGAUGAAAUGCACUGGUUCUACAGCAAGGAGGCAUAUUCCUUGACUUACAAGAACAAGUUGCAACCUGUUAGAGGACAACAGUUCUGGAAGAUUACUGAAGCUCAAGCCAUGGAACCAUCUGAUAUUGCCAAGACUGUGGGCAGGCCUAAAGAGAGAAGAAAUAGAGAACCUGAUGAAGCAAGGAAAAGGAAGGGAGAGUGGAGUCUAUCAAGAAGGGGAUUGGUUAUGACAUGCAGCAAAUGUGGUGGAGAGAACCAUAAUGCUAGAGGCUGUUUCAAGGUGGUAAGACAGUCUUUUAAUUUCUCCAUUCAGAAUUUAUUCAUGUAA